AUGGAUAUUAUUUCCAUCAUGAUGAUCCUUGUGACAACGACGACGCUAAUCACGAUGUGGACGCCAAUUCACGCUCAACUAAACUUGUAUUACACCGAUUCAAUAAGUAAAGAUGUUUUGUAUCAUGACUGUUUGGAGUUCAAUGUAGAUAACUAUAUCAAAUUUCAAUGGAGACACGAGAAAUUUGAAUAUCCUUAUCAAAUUAUCUCGUACUGUUUACGUCCACUUGCCCAGGAAGAGGGAAACGAAUCAAUUAUUACACGAGAUAAUAUACUAUCAAAUUAUACAUUGGAUGACUUGAAAGCAAUGAAUGUUAGUGCACAAGAUCUACUUUCUUGGUCUGCCCCGAUCGAUCUUGUCGAAAACUACGUAAGCUUUCAAAAUAGAUUAGAAACAUCAGGUGUAUUGAAUCGAUUUUAUAAUUGUACAUCAUCAUGGUUCGGAACGUUUUGUCAAUUUACAUUUGACUCCAACGCAUCAUUUUCUAGCAUUGUGACAGAAACAUUUACUAAAAAAGAUCCCAAAUGGGCAGAAUCGAUUUAUACGUCCAAUCUUGAUAUCACUAAUUUAACGUGUUACAUGCACAUAAAAUGCAAUCGUGGACCACUGCCAAUGUGUCUCGAUUGGCGUGAAGUGUGUGAUGGGCGAAUCGAUUGUCUAGGUGACGGACUCGACGAGAAGCACUGCUUGCACCUGGAACUAAAUGAAUGUGAACAUGGCGAGUAUCGAUGUCAUAAUGGAAUUUGUGUACCUGAAGAAUUUCUUAAUGAUCAUCCAUAUAAUCCAGAUUGUCUGGAUGGGACUGAUGAGAAUAACUUCGAUGACUUGAAACUCAAUCGAGUUUUGGGAUUUGUUCAGUGUUAUAAAGAUCCAACGUUUCUAUGUGAAGAGUCAGAUCCCUUUUCUGGGUUACGCGGCCUCGUGUGUGGUGACGGACAAAAUAUUCAAAUGCAGACUGGUUUUCGUAUGAACUUUGACACGAUUGCGUAUUCAACAUGCGAGAAUCAUCGCGAUGAAAUACUAUUUCAGUCAGUUGUGUUUAACAAACUGCGUUCAUUGAACUGGACUUCAGAAUGUUUAAAUCUGAUCAAAUAUAUUAUGAAAUACGACACUUGGUUUAUUUCUUUUAUUCGGCUAUGUGAAAAUCAGCGUCCACCAUGUUCUGUACCGAUUCAUACUUUUUGCAAUCACCCAACCUAUAUACUUUUCCCUAUGAUACCUUUUCUUCAGGAAUACGGACAGUUCGGUUUUUGGACAAGUACACUAGUUACAUAUCACCAGUCCGACAAAAUGCCACUUCCUGACUUUAUCUGUUUCAAUGAAAAACGCUGUCCAGUCUUUGAAAAAAACUUUAUGAUCGACCAUAUGCCAUGUUCAAAUGUUUCAAGCUAUCAGCUACCAAAUAUUCGUUUUUUAAUUGAAAUGUUUCAUACAUGUUUGACAGUCGACGAAAGUGGCAACGAAUCGCAUUGUUUUGAUUCAUCGAUGUUUCAUUGUACAAAGCCAACGAAAUGCAUCUCGAAGCAUAGACUAGUCGAUGGAGUCAUGGAUUGUUUCGGACCUGAUGAUGAAUUCUUCUCAGAUUCGUGUAAACUUGACGACAAGCACCGUUUUCGAUGUUCAUCUGAAGACAAAUGUAUUUCACCUGUUCUGAUUCACAACACGCAAGAGAAUUGUUUGCGAGGCGAAGAUGAAACAUUUGACUUCAACAAAACAUUCUCUUUUCAAAACCUUUGUAAUGGAUAUGUUCAACUAUCGUUAAUAGUCAACGGAAAACAAGAAGAAACAGAUGAGACAAAUUGUGAACAGUGGCCAUGUAGCAAUCAAUACACACAAUGCAAUGGCGCAUGGGAUUGUCCGAACGGCAUGGAUGAGGUUAACUGUAACUCAAUGUCUCCAUGUUACCCUAAUCAACACUUGUGUGUAUCGCCUACCAACCUUCAAAUAACAUGUUUACCGGUCGAAAAAGCCGGAGAUGGAAAGGUAGAUUGUUUAGGAUCAACCGAUGAAAGAAAUUACUGUCGUAAACUCUACCCAGAACACUCUGGAUUGCGUUAUCGAUGUUGGAAUAGUACAAUAUGUAUCAGUGGAGGUUGUUUGGGUAUUCACGUUUGUCCAUUUGAAGAGCAGAACUUGAAUAAGAGUAUAUGCAAAGACGGUAGUGACAUAGAUUUAAUCUUACAGAGUCCUAUAUUAGACGGUAGCUUAGGUAGUAAAUACUCUCGUAACGAGGAGUACUUUAUUUUAAGUCAUAUGAGUCGUUUCGGAUCAAACGGAUCGUAUACAAACUUACCAGUAAGUGAUGACUCUAGUCCUGUUCAAGUUUUGAAUACUCAGACAGACCGUGUCGAUUCUUCGUUCAAAAAACUCGAUGCAGAUAUAAACUACUAUCGAGCAUGGAUCUGCAAUCGCGGUAUUCUUUUCUUUCAAGGAGAACAAAGAAUUAAAAGAUGCCUCUGUCCGCCUAGCUAUUACGGAGAUCGCUGUCAAUUUCAGAACGAACGAGUUAGUCUAACUCUGCAAUUCAGCAAAGAAUGCGCUCCGAACUGUCAAGGAAUCUAUACUAUCAUUGUGACUCUUGUCGAUAGUGGUAGCAUAAUUCAUUCUUACGAACAGUUCACCUACAUCUCCACGAGCAGUUGCGAUCGAAAAUACAACGUGUACCUGCUUUUUCGGACUCAACCAAAGAAUUUGGAGAAAAAUUAUACCGUUCGAAUUGAUGCUUACAGUAAGCUUGAUCUUCUUCAUUAUACAAGUUGGAUGUUACCAGUCAAGUUUCUAUUUCUGCCUGUCAAUCGUAUUGCUACACACUUGAUUCUACCGUCUCAUCCUGUAAGUCACAUCGAAACAUGUAAAUUAGCAUGCAGUAGUCAUGGUCGUUGCAUGAUGUACUCAAAUAGAAAAGACGACUUUUGUCUCUGUGAGUCCGGUUGGUCAGGCACUGAUUGUUCUAUUCAACUGUAUAAUUGUGAUUGCUCGUCGGAUGCGAAGUGUCUUGGUGAAGUCAACAAUCGGUCGAUUUGUUUGUGUCCUCAUACAAAGCUUGGGCCACGUUGCUUUCUUACUUCUAUAUGUCAAAAUAACCCGUGCAAAAACGGCGGUCAGUGUAUAAUAGAAGACCAACAGAUAUUUGCGGUAACAUUCAAAUGUAUUUGUAUCAAUGGCUACUCUGGUUCGAUGUGUGAAAUAAGAGAUACGCGUGUGGAUAUUUCAUUUGACGGUGUAGAUAUUCCUCGAGCUCUAUUAGUUCAUGUCAUUACACAACGUGUGAAAAGUCAUCCUUCAAUCACUACAAUACCUAGGAAGAUUCGUUUCGACGAACACAGCACCUUAUUGUAUAUCGCACUGCCCUUCAAUCUGAUUUUCGUUCAAAUCGAUAAUGAUUAUUAUCUUGCCUUUCUACAAACGAACAGUUCAUCUUUAGCACGACGAAUCUCACUCCAGAUGAGCUCGUUUCACUAUUGUCCUGCUGUCGAUUACUUACUUGAUAAACGAACACUAGACUUUCAUAUAUUGCGCCGGGCAAAAUUCUAUCAUAAUGUUUGCCGACAAAAUACUCAUUUCUCUUGUUUCUACGAUCCGAAGGCAUUUGUAUGCUUGUGCAACAAUGACAAUUUUGCGAACUGUUUCCCCUUUGAUUUCAAUAAGACCCACGUGUGUAAGGGACGAAGUACGUGUGAAAAUGGUGGCCAAUGUCUUCAGAAUCCUGCUACGUGUCCUCAAUCAACCAUGUGUAUUUGCACCGACUGCUUUUACGGAGGAAGAUGCCAGUUCACGACGAAAGGUUUUGGCUUAUCACUUAACAUUAUCCUCGGAUACCAAAUACAACCACAUUUAUCCCUUGCACGUCAGCCAUCUUCAGUCAAAGUUAGUGUUAUAAUAACAACACUCAUGUGUUUAGUUGGUGUCGUCAAUGGGCUUUUGUCGAUUAUGACAUUCAAGUCAAAAACUCUUCGUCAGACUGGAUCUGGAUUCUAUCUUUUCGUAUCAUCAAUCGUAUCCCUUAUCUGCUCUGUUGUCUUUAUGACAAAAUUUUGGUUUCUACUAUUCUCCCAGAUGUCAUGGAUCAAAAAUCCUACCUUCAUUCUCUUAGACUGCAUUGUAAUGGAUUUUACUCUGCAAUCUCUUCUUACUAUAAGCACUUGGUUGAAUGCUUGCGUUGCUAUUGAAAGAGCUUCUAUCUUGCAAAAAGGAAUACAUUAUAGUAAGGACAAAAGUCGAAGGAUUGCACCAUGGGUCAUCAUUGGCACUGUAUUGUGUUGUCUUGUCAGCUUUGUACAUGACCCAAUUCACCGUGAACUGAUUGAUGAUAAAGAAGAACUGCGGACUUGGUGCGUUGUUCGCUACACUUCUAUCAUGAAAACAUUCGAUUCAUUUAUGAAUAUUUUUCAUUUUAUUAUGCCGUUCUCUAUCAAUUUAGUUUCAGCCAUGAUUAUCAUCGUUACUGUUUCUCGCAUCCAUUCAGCUACAGACAGAGCAAUGACUUAUAAAGAACAUUUAUACAAAGGCUUUAGUGAACAAAAGCAUCUUAUAAUUAGUCCGCUGAUUUUGGUUAUUCUAGCCGUACCACGUCUGGUCAUUUCGUUCGCCUCUGGAUAGCAACUACUCGUUUCAACAUCAACACCACCAAUGGAAACAGCUACACUUGCUAUCUCGGCAACAACAUCGAUAACAACAGUGCUGUUGUCAGAAAAUGUUUGCCGCAGUAUGUUCACCGAUCCAUCCAUUUAUUCAAUUAUGGGCACAAAUGUACUAGCGAUUGCUGAUAUCAACAACGAUGAAAAGCUCAACAUCGUUAUGGUUAACUAUGGCAGGUCUACGAGUAGUUUCGGUAUUCUUUUCAAGACUGAUAAUAAAACAUUUCUGAAUGCAACGAAGUAUCUCUUGAAAAACACAUCAUAUGGAAUAGCCGUGAUUGACUUAAACAUUAUUAUUGGAUCGAAUGCAACGAAAGUGUGCAUUCUUCUCAACAGGGGUGAUGGAACGUUUAUAAAUGAAAUACGGUACGACAUUGGGUCAAGUGCAAUUCCGAUUCGUGUUAACAACAUGACUAACGACGGAGAACUUAACAUUGUUGUCGGAUAUGCUGAGUUAGACAGUAUCGUUGAUUUUCUUAACGCAGGCAAUAUUACCUUUUCAUCUAUGAAUCUACUUAUUCAGUUGGUGAAUUUCCAACAUCUAUUAUCAUUAUCAACAUUAAUCAUGACAAAAGAAAUCGGAUAUAGUUGUUGCUAA